GGGGGGCCCAGCCCGACAACACACCUGGGAAGACUCCAGUGACACCUCAGAUGCCUAAGAAACUCUCCAUGAGGAAAAUCGCUGUGACUCUACCCUGCAGUCACACUGCAGAAGGCUUAGAAUGGAGAAAUAACAGGAUAACUAAAAUGGGAAAGAAACAGAAAUGUUCUACUCAGCUUCCAGUGGUCGAAGAGGUUGGGUGUAGCAUGGUUGAAAGUGUAGACAUGAAGGUCUGUGAAAACAACAGUUGCAUCUGGAAAGGAUGCCAAGAAAGGACACAGAAUGAGUUUAGAGCUGUUACCACCAUGAAGCCACCCAUGCCAUUGGAGCCGGAAGUGAGGCUUCAUAUUGCUGGUUUGCGCAAUGAUUACUAUCUAAACAUACUGGACUGGAACCUUGAAAAUCUCAUUGCUGUUGCUGCAGGACCUGCUGCACACAUCUGGAAUGGAAGAACUCUUCAGGGCAUUGAAAGCAUUGAUUUGAAUUUCUGUUCCAAAUACAUUUCAUCUCUGGCUUGGAUAAAAGAAGGAACUUGCCUUGCAGUUGGCACUAGUGAUGGAGAAGUGCAACUGUGGGACAUUGAAACUAAAAAGAGGUUGAGAAAUAUGUUUGGUCACCUGUCUGUAGUUGGUGCUCUGAGCUGGAAUCAUUAUAUUUUGAGCAGUGGUUCACGACUAGGAUCUAUUCAUCAUCAUGAUGUUCGGGUUGCUCAGCACCACAUUGGGACUCUUUGCCAGAACAAACAAAGCAUUUGCAGCCUGAAAUGGUCACUAACCGACCAGUUGCUCGCAAGUGGAUCUAAUGAUGGUACGUUGAAUAUCUGGCCUAGUGACCCUGGUGUGAAAGUGCAGUCACAGCCAUUGAAGACCAUAUCUCAUUCGUCAGCAGUUAAGGCUAUGAACUGGUGUCCUUGGCAGUCCAAAGUCCUUGCUACAGGGGGUGGAAUGAAAGAUGGGAUUUUGCGUGUCUGGGACAUAAACCGUGAGAAAAUCAUCCAAAGUGCAGCUACAGAUUCUCAGAUUUGUUCCUUGCUCUGGUUACCCAAAACCAGUGAACUGAUGACUGGACAAGGCCUUCCUGGAAAUCAGAUGAAAAUAUGGGAGUACCCCAUGCUUGUCAAUUCAUCAGAACUCUAUGGCAAGUAUUUCAGUUAAUUGUUUUAACUAUUUCAAUUAGCUAUCUUCCUGUCUAAUCAAUAUGUUUUCACAAAUGCAUACCUUAUACUUUUAAGCAAAAUAAAGUUAAAAAGAGCAGUCACACACACUUCCUAUCACUACCUACGUGCAUGCAUUCAUUCACAGAAUCCUGAUGUGUGAGAUUGUAAAGGUUGACUUACUAAGCUAAUGGUGGAAGUUGCUUCAGUAAAA